ACCCGACCAUUCCCGGAAUAGGGGUGUGCGGCCUAGUUCGUCUCCAGGCUCUGUAUCCGGUGAGGUUCGGGUGUAGAGGUGGCGGUGUGUGGAGAUGUUCUCACCAUCUUGAGGUGCCGAGACACAGCCUGACCCCCUCCAUCCCCGGACCGGACACUCACACAGCUCUAUCGGGGCGGAGGCUCCCCCCCCGGGCCGCACUUGGAACGUUCCGCUUCCAGCUGGCCGGCCUGGAAUCACGGCUCCGAUCCUCGGCCGGGACCGAACCGCCGCCUCUGCCAUGGGAGAUACCGGGAGCGAGCGCAGCAAGCCGCCCAGCCUCCCCCCGCGGUGCCCCUGCGGAUUCUGGGGGUCCAGCAAGACGAUGAAUCUCUGUUCUAAGUGUUUUGCGGAUUUCCAGAAGAAGCAGCCAGACGAUGACACCGCCCCCAGCACAAGCAGCAGCCAAUCAGACUUAUUCCCCAGCGAGAUAAACAGCGACAACGGAAAUACCUCGAUAUCCUCGCAGAGCAGUAGUUCUAGCCAGCCUCUCUCCACAGACCUGAAUGUAGCCUCUCCCAGCCAGGAGGAAUGUGGGCCCUGCACAGACACAGUUCACGUCUCUUUAACCACGCCGACCAAAAGAUCCUGCGACACAGAUUCCCAGUCAGAGGACGAACCAUCUCCAAUGAAACGGCCUCGACUACUAGACGGCGACGAAGGGCCCGACUGUAACCGCCCCAAACAGAAGAGCCGCCGCCGCUGCUACCGCUGCCAGAUAAAGCUGGAGUUGGUACAACAGGAGCUGGGCUCGUGUCGCUGCGGUUACGUGUUCUGUAUGUUACAUCGCCUACCGGAACAGCACGACUGCACAUUCGACCACAUGGGCCGCGGACGCGAGGAGGCCAUUAUGAAGAUGGUGAAACUAGACCGCAAAGUGGGCAGGUCCUGCCAGCGCAUCGGCGAAGGGUGUUCCUGAGUGCCACAACCUCCAACCAAAUGCUGUUUCUCUUAGUUCACUAAUGUUAGCCUUAUUUAGGACAAAGUCAAGCAGGCUCUCACUACUGAGCAAGUGACAGACUACAGCCAGUCAGGUUCCUUCCUAUUUUUAUUUUUAAAACAAAAAAAAAAACUGUGCAGGUACUAUGAAAGAAUUUGAAAGAAUGGUAGUGGAUAAAUGUUGGCCAGGCAGCCGUCUCGCCGGCCAUUAUGAAACCACCAGAAGUUUAUUUAAUGUUAUAGGUAACGCUAUGUUCAUGUUUUCCGUUACAGUUUUAAAAAAAAAGUCAUAAAAGUCGUUUUCCAGACUGUUCUAUCGCUGGUCCAUCUCCUUCACUUUUUGUUUUGUUUUGACACAGAUUCCGAUCAUGGAUUACUAAACGCUACAUUUUUCUUGUUUUUACGUCCAUCGUUGUGUGAUAGCGAAAGAUCCUGUUGGUCGCUUCUGUCUUUAUAGCAUUGCGCGUUUUGAGUGUUACUAUUAACAGCAUCAGGGAUUUGAUUGGGCAGGGACGACCUCCCAGUCAGGUUAUCAGGUUAUUUAAGUACCACCAAAUUUAAAAAAAAACAUUGGCAUUCGCUGUCUUCUCAUCAACCUCUCGUCGGACACGAAUCGUUGCCAUAUCGCUCACUCGCCAACCAACGAAGGCGACUUUAGCAGUACAAAAGCUGACUACGACACACACCCCCCCCCCCCCCCCCCCAACCUCCCUGGUAGCCUUAACCUGAUUGGCUUUUGUUUGCAAUUUGCCAAGUGAUGGUCUUUGUGGACAAAUAAGGCUAACUUGCAGCACAAUAGCCACGCUGAAGCCUACAGGCUACACUUUCUGUAGAUAUACCUAUAUCAAGAGGGGUGGGAGGGGCAGACAUAUUUGUAGCAAACGAAAUGCAGUAACACUGUUGAGGAACAACCACAUCCAACCCCCUCCUUUUUAGAGUUUUCACAAUCCUUCGCCUCCAACGUUAAGCUUGUGAAACAAAAA